CACCCCCUCCAACUCUCGAUCUCCUGGCGUUUCUGAUGACCAAGCCACCCCCUCCAACUCUCGAUCUCCCCCGUCUCCGUCUUAGCCACUGCUGCAACAGCUGCUGCCCCGUCUGUUGCCCCGUCGACUUCUUCAUCAGGUUCUGUUGAAAGACAGCCUUUGAGGAAUGCAAGCAAGGAUCACCUGAGAUCGCUCCAAGGAUUCCAGCUCAACCACAUCUAUUUGGGGAACAUGUACAUAUGAAGCAACAACUUGAAAGGUGGAAUGGACCACCCAAGAUAGAACUGACUUAUCUGGCCUUAUCACUGCCAUGAAGAGGUAUUGGUGGUUGGCAAAGAUUUGAAAACGGUUGCCUUGUGCAAACGGCAUUGACGAUAACUCGAGAAAUUCCAAUUCUCUUUUGAAGUCAAGGACGCGACCCUGUGCGAUGUAAAGCAGGUUUGUGCUGAGAGCAGGUUGAGCACCACUGUCAAGGGAUAUCUGCAUAUCGAAACAGGUAGCACAAAGGAGUACUUAAAAGGAUUUCUAUAGGAGUUAAGCCGAAAGAAAUGAAGGGAGAUUUGGGGAACUUUGUAGUGGCAGUAAAAUGAAGAAAUGAGGAAACGUUUGUUCAACUCUUGCGUUUGUGGGUCGAACCAGAAAUGGAGAAUAACCAAAGGGGCAGCUGCAAAUCAGUGGGGGAAUUUGAAGAAAUCCAAGGGAUUCUAUCAAGAAUGGUUUUGGGCUUUGUGAGGUUAGCUAGUGAAGAGAUCAACAAUUUUUGGGAGACUAAAAGUUUCCUAUGGUUGCUGGUAGUGAACAAGCUUGUAAGGCUUGUUGAGGUAACUUUUAUCUGCCCAAAGCUGAAUCCUUGCUCAAUGUUUUGUAAAAGAACUUUGCAUUACUAGAAUAUGUUUUGUUUACCAAAUGGGGCAUCAAGUGAUUGAGAGCUGAUUCUUAAUCUAGUUUAUUGUGAUAGAAUUUGAUGUAUAAAUAAAAGUUACAGCUCAAACCUUACCCUUUUGGCUAAGGUUGCAGGUCUGGGAUGUAACAUAUUUAUUUUGCAGAAUGAAAUUAUAAUGAUCCUUAAUGAUUUUUGGGUAACAUACUGAUUGUACAGAUUAAGUAUACCAUUUACCACAUAUAUCUUCUUGGUAUGAUUAUAUUUCAGAAUGAAGUUGAAACUGUUGAAAUUCAGUUCUGGAACUCUUUGGACUUAGGAGCCUGUUCUGUGUUUACUGCUUCUCUGUCAGACUCAUUUUUAUUGCCUUGAGAUUACUAGGAUUUAUUUUGUUUAGGAAAGAAAGAUAAGGGUUUGAUCGUUUGUGCUGGUUAGUGGUAGUUGUGCAUGGUCUAGGGAUGUUUAAGCAGCUUUGUCAAAAGGCAUCACAUUUAUUGUAAGCAUGAGAUUUCAGGUGGGUGUGAUAAUUAUAUGGCACAAUAUAACUCAGCUUUGUUCUAAUAUAUUAAGUAUGAGCAAGAAAUGUUAUUCAUUUUG